AUGGAAAAGGCAAACCAUUCAAUGGUAUCUGAGUUCAUUUUGCUGGGACUUUCCAAAUCUCAGAAUCUUCAGAUUUUAUUCUUCCUGGGAUUCUCUGUGGUCUAUGCAGGGAUUGUUCUAGGAAACCUCCUCAUCUUGGUCACUGUGACCUUUGACUCAUGCCUUCACACACCAAUGUAUUUUCUGCUUAUCAAUCUUUCCUGUAUUGAUACAAUCCUGGCUUCUUUUGCUACCCCUAAGAUGAUUGUAGAUUUCCUCCGAGAACGGAAGACCAUCUCCUGGUGGGGAUGUUAUUCUCAGAUGUUCUUCAUGCACCUCCUAGGUGGGAGUGAGAUGAUGCUGCUUGUAGCCAUGGCAAUAGACAGAUACGUUGCCAUAUGCAAACCCCUCCAUUACAUGACCAUCAUGAGCCCUCGAGUGCUCAUUGGGCUACUGUUAUCCUCCUACGCAGUGGGAUUUGUGCACUCAUCUAGUCAAAUGGCUUUCAUGUUGAAUUUGCCCUUCUGUGGUCCCAAUGUAGUGGACAGCUUUUUCUGUGACCUUCCCCUUGUGAUCAAACUUGCCUGCAAGGACACCUAUAUGCUGCAACUCCUGGUCAUUGCUGACAGUGGCCUCUUGUCCCUGGUCUGCUUCCUCCUCUUGCUUGUCUCCUACACAGUAAUCAUAUGCUCUGUUCAGCACUGCACUGCUAGUGGCUCCUCUAAGGCCUUCUCCAUUCUCUCAGUGCACAUCACAGUUGUGACUCUGUUCUUUGCCCCUUGUGUCUUUAUCUAUGUAUGGCCCUUCAGCCGAUACUCUGUAGAUAAAAUUCUUUCUGUGUUUUAUACAAUUUUCACACCUCUCUUAAAUCCCAUUAUUUAUACACUAAGGAAUCAAGAGGUAAAAGCAGCCAUUAAGAAGAUAAGGACUCGACAUAUAAAUUCAAAACAUACUUUGUAG